ACUUUUCCCGAAGCGGCCGACAUGACGAUGUGGCUGCUGAAAUCCUGUAUCCUGCUCCUGGCAGUUGCCAGUCUGCAGGCCCGUCUGAUUCCUCCGUUGUCCUUGGACUUGGAGGAUGUCCAGAUAGAGACGAAAGGCACCUACUCGCUGAUCAGUCCUCGGGUAGACGACAACAGCGAGGGCAACUAUCGGCUGCCGAACAAUACUGCCCCAGAAGCCUAUCGAGUCGAGCUCUGGACAAACGUGCAUAAUGGAACUAGGGCGUUCAACGGAAGUGUUCAGAUUGAUAUUCAGGUCCUGGAGCAAUCCUCGGAGAUCAAGCUGCACUUUUUGCAGACGUCUCACCACGAGGCCACCAUCAUCAGUCGGGAUCAAACCGAUCCCACUGCGAUCCCACUGACGGUCGCCAACGAGACCCUCCGCCAGUUCCUGAUCCUUACGCCUACGGAUCCCACGGUGUCCUUUGCGCAAAAUACUAACUGGACCCUGAUUAUCAACUACAACGGAACUCUGCGAUCUGAUAUGGGUGGCUUCUACAUGUCCAGCUACACGGGAGUGGACAAUCAAGUCCACUAUCUGGCCACCACCCAGUUUGAGAGCACCAAUGCCCGACACGCUUUUCCCUGCUACGACGAACCCGCCAGGAGGGCCAACUUCACCAUCACCCUGCAUCACGAUCCGUCCUUCACGGCCGUUAGCAACAUGCCCGUGAACGCGGCUGCUAGCAGCUCCGGAGUUACCUCUUUCAACACAAGCCCCAAGAUGUCCACCUACCUCGUGGCCUUCAUCGUCACCGAUUUUGAGUCUACCGGAGGCGAACUGAAUAACCUUCCCCAACGGGUCUUCUCGCAGAAGGGCAAGCAGGAUCAGCAGGAGUGGGCCUUGUGGUCAGGAUUGGUUGUGGAGUCCAGCCUGGCUGGCUACUUUGGAGUGCCCUUCCCUCUGCCCAAGCUGGAUCAGGCUGGCAUUCCUGACUUCUCAGCCGGAGCGAUGGAGAACUGGGGCUUGGCCACCUACCGAGAGCAGUAUAUGUGGUGGACCAAGGAAAACUCGACGAUCAACCUGAAGACCAACAUUGCGAACAUCAUUGGUCACGAGUACGCCCACAUGUGGUUCGGAGACCUCGUUUCCAUCCAAUGGUGGACCUACCUCUGGCUGAAGGAGGGCUUCGCCACCCUAUUCUCCUACGAGUCCAACGACAUUGCCUUCCCUGAGUGGGACACCUACCAGAUCUAUCAUGUCAACGAUUACAACAGUGCCCUUAUAAAUGAUGCGCUAACCUCUGCGGUUCCCAUGACCCACUACGUACAGACUCCCAGUGAGAUCUCCGGACGAUACAAUACCUUCUCCUAUGCCAAGCCAUCCGCUGUGCUUUACAUGUUCAAGAAUGCCUGGUCAGAUCGAGUCUUCCGAGCGGGUCUGAACAAGUAUCUGACUAAGAACCAGUACACUUCCUGCGAUGAGUGGGAUCUAUUUGCCUCCUUGCAGGAAUCGGCCGACGAGCACGGUCUCUCUCUGCCCACAACGGUGAAUAACAUCUUCAGCAGCUGGUCACAGCAGGCUGGCUAUCCUCUGCUGACGGUGACCCGAAACUAUGCGUCUGGAACCUUCACCGUAAAGCAACAAAGAUAUCUGGCGGAUGACGACUCUAACCAGAAAACCUGGUACGUGCCCAUCAACUUUGCCACCGCCUCCAGUCCGGAUUACCGGAACACUAGUGCCUCGCACUACCUCCUAAACACGACGGAGGUCGAAAUCUCAGACGUAUCGGUUGCUAGCGACAAGUGGUUAGUUUUUAAUAAGCAGAAUGCCUACUACUAUCGUACCCUGUACGAUCUGGAUAACUACGGUCUCAUUAUCGACGGCCUGAACGAGCACCAUCACAAGAUUCACGUUCGCAACCGUGCUCAGUUGUUGUACGAUGCCUACAUCUUCGUGACCACUGGUCGCCUGAGCCACAGCAUUCUGCUGAGGUUGCUAACUUACCUAAAGUACGAGGAGCAGUACGCCCCCUGGUCAAACGCCAACUCCAUUCUUACCGUCUACAAUCGCUACUUGCGAGGCGAUGAUUCCUACAGCAAUUUCCAGACCUUCGUACAGGAACUGAUCAAUCCUGUUUUUGAAAAACUGGGAGUGAACGAGAUUCCUGGGGAACACUAUCUGAACAACUACCUGCGCAUUGUCCUGGUUAGCCUUGCCUGCCAGGUGGGCAGCGUCGAGUGCCACACGGCGUCAGCAAAGAAGCUCUCCGAGUUUUUGUUCGAUGGAAUCGUUAUUGAGCCCACCUUAAGGACCCAAGCAUACUGUGCCGGUCUGCGUAAUCCCACCGACGAGGUAUUCCAGAGGGUAAUAUCAGAUCUGCUGGCCACCACAGAUGCCACUGACCGCAGCUUGUUCAUCUCGUCACUGGGCUGCUCUCUUCAAGCCUCCCAACUGGGUACUUUCCUCAAACUAUCCUUGGACGAGAGCAAUGGAUUGAGCUACUCGCAACGCACUUCCCUGUUGAACGCAGCCUAUUCCCAGAGCGAGGACGGUGUCACCGCCAGUCUGGAGUUCCUCGAGUCCAACUGGAAGGAAUAUGCAGAACUAUCGUCCUCAGAUAGCGCCAAGCCCUUGGACUCGGCUCUGCGGGGCGUUGCCACUUACGUGGUCAGCGAGAAGCAGAAGACCAGGCUCAAUGCCUUGGUAGAUGAAAUUCAGUCUCAGAACACCGGUUAUCUGCAAGACGAUUUAUACACCACCGUGAACUCUAGAAUUCAGUCGAAUUUCGAUUGGCUGGACACCAACCGCGACCCUGUGAUCUCCUGGGUUAACAGCCACCUUUCGGGCAGUGGAACCUCGGGUCUGACGGCAUCCCUCGCCACUGUUUUAAUCAGUGCGGUGGCCUUGCUGCUUUCGAAGCUAUAUUAGAAUAAGUAAUUGUUAUUAUUUCUGAUAAAAAAAA